AUGCACUAUCAGUCUUUUCUCGUCGCCUCCCUCUCAUUCAGGGUAGCAAUUGCAGCCCUCAACGAGCCAUGCUACGGUUCGGGAGGCAGAGCUGGUGUCUGCGUCACCACAAGCACCUGCUCCGCCAACGGAGGUACCACCAUUGACGGCGCCUGUCCCGCCGAUGCAGCAAACGUCAAAUGCUGCACCAAGUCGCCCUGUGGUAGCGGCGGCAACUGUAGAUGGACAAGCGAUUGUGCUGGCACGUCCGCCUCGAAUCAGUGCCCAGGCCCAGGUGCCUUCAUGUGCUGCUCUUCAUCGGCCAGCGGCUUCGGCGGGUACGCCGCCCCUUUGAUCCCAUCUGUCGGUGCUUGCAAGCAAGUUGCUGUUGAUGGCGCAAAGAAGAUCGUCGCGGCAUUCCCUGGCAGGGUUCGGGAGGUUUUCUGCAUACGCGACUGUGCUUGCCCCGGCACUUCGGACCAUUGCUGCGGCAAAGCAACGGAUAUGAUGUGUUCCGAUGGCGGCGGUGUACCUACUAUCUCUGGCAAAGAAAUUGCGGAGUGGGUCAUGAACAACCGCAACGCGCUCAACUUGAAAUAUGUCAUCUGGGGUCAGAAGAUCUGGACCACCUCCCAGGACUCUGUAACCUCAUGGGCAAGCUGGCGUCCCAUGGAUGAUCGAGGCGAUUUUACAGCAAACCAUUGGGACCAUGUUCACGUCAGUUACAACUAA